AUGAUGAUUCGAACCUGGUGGGUGAACCAAGGAGAAGAAGAGAAGAGAGGGAGAGUGGCCGCAUUGCUUCAGCAUCUGCAGGAGGCUCCUUUGCAUGCCACAAGGCUGCUCAGCAGCCACAGCACUGCGCACGUGGAGAUGGCUUUGCUCAGCAACAUCCUAGCCGCCUAUUCCUUUGUCGCAGAAAAUCCUGAGCGAGCAGCCCUGUACUUUGUCUCUGGCGUGUGCAUCGGGCUGGUGCUGACCCUGGCUGCCUUGGUGAUGAGGAUCUCUUGCCACACAGACUGCCGGAGGCAUCCCCGCAAGAAGUUCCUGCAGAAUCGAGAGAGCAGCUGCAGCAGUGACAGCAGCGACAGCGAGGAGGGCAGCUCAGACACCGCNCAAUAA